CAGGCAGAAUUUAGCAUCCUUAUCUUUUCUGUUCCUCUCAAAGUGCUUUUGGACAGCAACUGCUUUCUUAAUCAAAUGGUAGAGAUCCUCGGGGAAUUCAGGGGCAAGGCCUUUGGACUUAAGGAUUCUCAACAUAUUACAGUCACAAAACGGACCUGUGCCAUACCACGUGACUCUCUUAGGAUCACACACACCUAUCUGGGAGACUGGGAGGCCUUUCUUGGCCAAUUUGUAAAUCUGUUCCUUCACAUUGUCAGUGGUCAACUUGAGCCACGUGAGGACUCUAUCACUGUAGGGCAGCACUGACUGGGACAGGCCCUUCCCAGGAACAUGCGUGCGACCCAUGAUGGAGGUCUGGUAGCAAAGAGAAUGAGUCUAUAGCAGUAUCAACAAUGUUAAAAGUCUCAAGUUCACUUUUCGGCUUUCGGUUCGGAGGAGGCAACGGUGCAACUUUCUUCGGUCGUCCCGAAUCCGGGUUCAUCCGACACCAGCCACUCCACCAUGCCGCCCAAGUUCGACCCCAACGAGAUCAAAGUCGUGUACUUGAGGUGCACCGGAGGCGAGGUCGGCGCCACAUCCGCCUUGGCCCCUUAGAUCGGUCCUCUGGGUCUGUCUCCCAAAAAAGUUGGUGAUGACAUCGCCAAGGCUACCGGUGACUGGAAAGGCCUCAGGAUGACAGUGAAACUGACCAUCCAGAACAGACAGGCCCAGAUUGAGGUGAUGCCCUCUGCCUCUGCCCUGAUCAUCAAAGCCCUCAAGGAGCCACCAAGAGACAGGAAGAAGCAGAAAAACAUUAAACACAGUGCAAACAUCACUUUUGAUGAGAUUGUCAACAUUGCCCGGCAGAUGAGACACCGGUCUUUGGCCAGAGAACUUUCUGGAACUAUCAAGGAGAUCCUGGGUACUGCACAGUCUGUGGGCUGCAAUGUGGACGGCCGCCACCCUCAUGACAUCAUAGAUGACAUCAACAGCGGUGCGGUGGAGUGCCCAGCUAGUUAAGCAACGAGAAGGGGUUGGGGAUUUAGCUCAGUGGUAGAGCGCUUGCCAAGCCCAAGGCCCUGGGUUCGGUCCCCAGCUCCGAAAAAUAAAGAAGCAACAAGAAAAUAUUUAAAUAAAAGACUAUCUGAUAAAAAAAAAAAA